GACUCAACGGGACAUGCAUUUGAGCAAACUAUAGGAGAUAAUGAAGCACAGGGAAGCCUGGCGUGCUGCAGUUCAUGGAGUCGCAAAGAGUCAGACAUGACUUACCGACUGAACAAUAACAGGCUUUCAAGAAAUGUACUGUGCCUUUUCUGGGACAGGACACGGCGGUCGCUAUGGCCUUCUGCGCAUGUGCGCUCCCUCCUCCCCCUCCUCUCCCUGCUAGCCUGCAGGUUCAGGGAUGCAGCUGCAGUCUCGCGAGGAGAGGAUUCCGGAGCUUCAGGCUUGUGGACCCGACUGCUGAGGAGCAGGACGGUUCGGUGUAGCCCCGCAGAGUUGAGACAGGCGACCGGGGGGCGGGUGAAGGAGGAAACGGCUUUGUCUCCAGACUCGGUGUGGCUCUGACUCCGUUUUUAUGCUCCUGGUGAGGACCAGCACGUCCCAGCGCUUGUUACCAGGUGUACUCUCUCAGCUCUCUACAUUUCUCCAGAAGCAACAGAUAAUGAUCACAUCGCAGGAGGAGUGGCACCACCUGGAUCCAGCUCAGAGGAUGCUGUAUAGGGAUGUGAUGCUAGAGAACUACAGCCACCUCAUCUCAGUGGGGUACUGUAUCCCUAAGCCAGAAGUGAUCCUCAAAUUGGAGCAAGGAGAGGAGCCAUGGAUAUUAGAGGAAGAGUGCUCAAGUCAGAGUGUCCCAGAAUUAAUUAACAGCAGCAGAAAGAAGUUUGACUUUAACAAAGGUAGAAAAUGGUUCCAUGAUGACAAGCAUGAAAGAAUUCAUUAUGGAGAGAAGUCUUAUGAAUAUAAUAAAAAUGAGAAUGGCCUCUGUCUUAAUGAAGACUCUGUUCAGCAUCAAAAAAUUCAAAUUUUGGAGCAACCUUUUGAAUACAAUGCAUGUAGGAAAGCUUUCCAUGCGAAUUCACUCUUUGUUAAACUUAAGAAACCUUACACAGGACAAAACACCUGUGAAUACACUGAAUACAGAAAAACCUGUGAUAUUUCACCUCUCAUUGCUCAAAGAACACAUCCAAAAGAGAAUCACUACGAAUUUAAUGAAUGUGGAGAAAAUGAGGACUCCAUUCUCUUUGAACAUAGUGUUGACCCUUCGAGCCAAAAGUCAGACCUGACUCCAAUUCAGACAACCCACUCAAUUGACAAUAUAAUUAAAUAUAAUGAAUGUGGAACCAUAGUCUUUGGUGCACAACAGAGCAUACACACAGGAGAAAAACCCUAUGAAUGUGGAAAAACAUUCAACCAGAAAUCAGCCCACACAAGACAUCAGAGAACCCACACAGGGAAGAAAUCCUAUGAAUGUCAUGAAUGUGGGAAAAGUUUCUACAAGAAUUCAGAUCUCAUUAAACAUCAGAGAAUUCAUACAGGGGAGAAACCUUAUGAAUGUCAAGAAUGUGGGAAAUCCUUCAGUGAAAAGUCAACCCUCACCCAACACCAUAGAACACACACAAGGGAGAAACCAUAUGAAUGUCAUGAAUGUCAGAAGGCCUUCUCAUUUAAGUCAGUCCUUACUGUACAUCAGAAGACACACACAGGGGAGAAGCCCUAUGAAUGUUAUGAAUGUGAGAAGGCCUUCCUAAGAAAAUCAGACCUAAUUAAACAUCAAAGAACUCACACAGGAGAAAAACCUUACGAAUGUAGUGAAUGUGGGAAAUCUUUCUCUGAGAAGUCAACUCUCGCUAAACAUUUGAGAACUCAUACAGGUGAGAAGCCCUAUGAAUGCAUUGAAUGUGGAAAAAAUUUCCGUCAGCAGUCAGCUCUAAUUGUUCAUCAGAGAACUCAUGUAAGACAGAAACCCUAUGAAUGUAAUGAAUGUGGAAAAUCAUUCUGUGAGAAGUAAAAACUCAUUGCACAUCACAGAACACACACAGGGGAGAAACCCUAUGAAUGUAAUGUUUGCAGAAAAUCAUUCUAUGUGAAGUCAAAACUAACUGUACAUCAGAGAACACAUUUGAGAAGAAACCCUAUAGGUAUAAUGAGGGAACUCACUCUGGGUGAACUUAACAGUUUAUAGAACAAAGAACACCAAGUGGGGAGAAAAAUUCGUUAGGAUUUUGAGAACACCUUUGGUCUAAAGCCAGUUCUUAAAAUACAGCAGAUAACUUACAGAGGGGAGCAAAUAAAUAACUUAGAGAAGGGAGCAAAUAAUAUGAAGAUAUUCAGGACAUAGAAAAAUCUUCUACUGUAAUUAAGCUCAGAAUAGAGAAGACCUAUUGGUGAAUGAAUACAGGGAACCUUCUGCCCAAAACCACACGUCACUAAAUAUCAGAGAAAUCAAGGUAAACCCUCUAUCAGUAUUUGUAGAAAAGACUUCAUCCACAGGCCAGAGAAAAUGCACAAACUAUAGGAAAUUAUAGGAAAGCAUUUACUUUGAGGUGAUACUUUUAUUGAAGUUGUGUGAAAUGUUUGAAGUAGCAUCUCAGUGGACGUCAGACAGUAAUUACCAGAAAAAUAUUUCCGUUUUAAAUGGAAAGAAGCUCUAGGUUAAACCUAAUCUAAACAAUCAGUGAAAUGUGGAGAAUGUCUGCAUUUAGACAGCAUUUGUACAGUAUGGCCCAAUGCUCAGUGUGCUGUUCCUUCCAAUUUAAGGUAUUAGAUGUGAACUGGAAUCAGUGGUUGUAAGGAAUUCAAAUGUUUACUGGCCCUCCUACAGGCCUCCCCACAAGUCUGCCAUCAGGGAUAAGAAAGGUGUUUUGUCCACCUGUAUCAAGAGUUCUGAGUGCAGGUGAAAAAGACAGCAUGGCUGAUGUGUUGGUAACAUUGGGCAGAUAAGUAAAUGUGUGGAGGAUGUUUAAAGUGAAAUUCCUCACUGUUGGAAAAGGUAUCUGUUAAAAUGGAAACAAGCUAGAAAACGUCUUUGAGGGUUAGACUGGACUGUAACUCAUAUUUUAAAUACACAGAAAUAGUUAUAUUAGUGGUUGUGUGUGUGUGUGUGUGUGUUUU